UUAAUCAGCUGUGUGAUCGCUGCUGGCACAUUUUUUCUCGUCUGUCAAAGUAACGGAGAGCUCAGACUUUACCCACUGAGAUAAUAAUCUGUAAUGCUCAAACCAAGAAGACCAAAAACCAGACAGUGAGAGGCUGAUCUUUUCUGUCUGUGUCUGCUCGUAAUGGCGGAAGUGAGCCAACCCGUCCUUAGUGUUGUCCCUGAUGAUGAAUGCAAAGACAAGUUCAAGAAAAGUGAGCAUGUUGCUUUUUACAGGCGGCAGAUGCAGGGUCCAAACGUGCAGCACCAAGCUCUUCUGGACACCAUGGUGCUCACAGAGAAGGGGGCACGUUUUGAGUUGUUGGAACCAGGCACACAGACCAGACUGCUUCUUUCUGUGUCUCCAUGCAAAAAUGAGACUGUAAGGAUAUUAGUGGACGAACUUCAGCCUAUUAAAGCACGCUACCGAGUUCCAGAUGUGAUAACCGAGGAACCACAGUGUGAACAGUUGAGAUUGGAGACUCAGACUAAGGACUCUGUCACCUUGUCUUGGUGUGCAGGACGUCACCAGGUUCGUGUGUGGCGUUCCCCUUUCAGAGUGGAGAUCUUAUGUGAAGAUGAAGUGAUGGUUACGUUCAAUUCGAAAGGGAAGUUGUGGUUUGAGACACUUCAGCAUCCACCCAGGGCCACAUCUCAUAGCAGUGAGCUUCAAGAGGACGACGCAAGUUUAUUAUGGAGAGAGACUUUCAAGCAGUUUGUGGAUAUCAAAGCUAAUGGUCCCAGCAGCGUUGGUGUAGACCUCUGUCUCCACGGCUUUAAUCACAUAUACGGUCUACCAGAGCACGCUGACAGCCUGCAGCUUAGAGACACCAGAGAUGGUGAACCUUACAGGCUGUACAACCUGGACGUCUUCGCCUAUGAGUUGCACAGCCGUUUUGGACUGUACGGGUCUGUGCCGCUGUUGGUGGCUCACAAACCUGACAAGACUCUGGGAAUAUUUUGGCUGAAUGCAUCUGAGACUUUUGUGAAUGUACAUUACAGCCCCAGUGACCAUCAGGAUGACCAAACCCCUCCAGUAAAGAGGAGGCGGGUGCAGCUUCAGUCUGACGUCCACUGGCUGUCAGAAAGUGGUGUGAUUGACUGCCUGGUGCUGCUCGGGCCGAGUCCGCAGAAGCUCUUCAGUCAGUAUGCUCAGCUGACAGGGUAUCAAGCCCUCCCCCCUCUGUUUGCCCUCGGGUACCACCAGUGCCGCUGGAACUACAAUGACGAAGCUGACGUGAAGGCCGUGGAUGCCGGAUUUGACCGCCACAACAUCCCUUAUGAUGUCAUCUGGCUGGAUAUUGAGCACACGGACGGGAAGCGUUAUUUUACCUGGGACCCUGUUCAUUUUCCUCAACCGGCCAGCCUGCAGCGCCACCUAGACAAGAAAAAGAGGAAGCUGGUUGUUAUAAGUGAUCCCCACAUCAAAGUUGAUCCUGAUUGGUCCUUGUACUGUGAAGCCAGGGAUGGAGGACAUUUUGUCAAGGAUAGAAAGGGACAGAUGUAUUUGGGCUCCUGUUGGCCGGGUGAGUCGGCCUAUCUUGAUUUCAGCAGCCCAGCCGCUCGAGCAUGGUACUCCAGAUGCUUUGCUCUGGAUAAAUACAAGGGAUCAACGCCGUCGUUAUAUGUGUGGAACGAUAUGAAUGAACCGUCUGUGUUUAACGGACCAGAGCAGACCAUGUCAAAGGAUGUGCUGCAUUACGGAGGCUGGGAACACCGGGAAUUACACAACUUAUACGGCUUUUACCAGCACAUGGCCACAGUGGACGGUCUGAUGACUCGCUCAGGUGGCUCAGAGAGGCCUUUUGUCCUGUCACGCUCCUUCUUUGCUGGCUCACAGAGACUAGGAGCAAUAUGGACGGGUGACAACGUUGCUAGUUGGGAGUAUCUGAAGAUCUCGAUUCCAAUGCUUUUGUCUCUAAGCGUGGCAGGCAUAGGAUUUUGUGGAGCUGAUGUUGGUGGGUUUGUUCAGGAUCCAGAGCCCGAGUUGCUGGUGCGCUGGUACCAGGCAGCUGCCCUGCAGCCGUUUUUCCGAGGUCACUCCGCGAACGUGACGAAGCGUCGAGAGCCCUGGCUGUUUGGGGAAAAGGUCACCGCUGCCAUCCGCACUGUGAUCCAGCAGAGGUAUUGUUUGCUGCCUUACUGGUACACUCUAUUUCACCAGGCGCACACUUCAGGCCUGCCUCCGCUCAGACCUCUAUGGGUGGAGUUUCCACAAGAACAGAGCAUCUUCACUGUGGACAACCAGUAUAUGAUUGGAGGAGCAUUGCUGGCCUGUCCUGUAACUGAAUCAGGUGUUCAAGAAGUCCAAGUCUUACUUCCUGGAUCUGCUGAGAUUUGGUAUGACGUCCACUCAGGGAAGACGUACAAAGGAGGCAGGACUCUGAGUCUCCCAGUCACCCUGGAAACAGUUCCUGUGUUCCAGCGGGGCGGCUCGGUGGUCUGCAGGUCCGUGGGAAGUGGCUCCUGUACAGCUGAAUUUCAGAAGCUCCCCCUCUCCGUCACUGUUGCUCUAAACUCUCGGGGUGUUGCUGAUGGUGAGUUGUACCUGGAUGACGGACACUCCUUCAGCUACCGUGACAGAAAGGCCUUCUGUCUGCGCAGGUUCAACAUGCAGUCAGGCCGUCUGGUCUGCCGUCCUGCCAGCGAAGAAGGAACGUUUGACUGUGACAUUGUCAUACAGUCAGUCGCCAUCCUGGGAGUGAACAGCAAACCGUCCACAGUGAUCGUGCAUGUAUCAGGGACUAAAGACAAGUCUGCUGCAUUUGAGUACACGGAGACCUGCUGCAGGCUGACUGUGAGCAACCUGAACCUCAAAGUGGCAAAGAACUGGGAGAUGAAGAUCUGUUAACUGUGAAUAUAUCAGUCAGUUUCCCUUCAAUGGAUUUCUUAUUUAUCUGAGGACAGAGUCAGGUAAACAUUAUCAGAAUCAUCUCUAAAAAUAUAUAUCAAGUGAUUGAAAUGAAGACUUAUUUAAUGCUGUUGGCAGUUAAGUGGAAUUCACGGCAGAUUUCUC